GUGAUCAUUCCUCUCCUGGAUCAGGGAGUGGCCAUCUCAGUCUUACUGGUGAGUGAGACCCAGACCGACAUUUUGUGGCGAAGCUGGUCUGGAGACAACUAAAGCAUCACAACCAUCGGCCAAUUUCUACUCAUUCCUCCUGUCACUAUCAAUGUAUCGUUCUCUCUCUCCCCCCAUCUCUUUCUCUCUGAGGGCUUCAUUAGUCAGUGUGUUGGCCUCUAAGGGUCUCUGCUCUACUCAACUGUCACGAAUCCCCCUAGGGGUCAGGGGUUAGGGUUCAGCAGGCUGCAUUCACAGCGGUCCCAGGUCACAAACACACAAACACACACACACACAGUGUCAGAGUCCCAGGUCUGUGUCUGUUUGUCUGGUAUGUGGGUCAGUGGGCUGACAUGAGGUUUAUGUGACAGACACUAUUUACCUAUAUAUAUUUAUUUAUUUUUAUUUUUUUAUUUUUUAUUUUUUAUGUUUUAUUUUUUUAUUUCACCUUUAUUUAACCAGGUAAGCCAGUUGAGAACAAGUUCUCAUUUACAACUGCGACUUGACCAAGAUAAAGCAAAGCAGUGCGAUAAAAACAACAACACAGAGUUACAUAUGGGGUAAAACAAAACAUAAAGUCAAAAAUACAACAGAAAAUAUAUAUACAGUGUGUGCGAAUGUAGUAAGUUAUGGAGGUAAGGCAAUAUCACACAUUAUACACUCUAUAUAUACCACUGUGUGUGUGUGUGUGUGUGUGUGUGUGUGUGUGUGUGUGUGUGUGUGUGUGUGUGUGUGUGUGUGUGUGUGCGUGCGUGUUAGGCCGAGGAGCUCACUUUUAAGUGGUAGUUAAGCUUUAAACAGCUAAAGGUUUGGUGGACACACACACUUUGAGCAGUUGUGUGUGUCACGUGUCUCUGCUCUGUCAUAGGUGGGCUGUAAACCGCUGAGUGAUCAAGACCAACAACACCUCAACACUCUGGAGAAACAUGUAAGAAACACAGCCACAGAAUAAUACCCACAGAGACACCCACAGAGACACCCACAGAGACACCCACAGAGACACCCACAGAGACACCCACAAAGACACCUACAGAGACACCCACAGAGACACACAUAGAGACACCCACAGAGACACCCACAGAGACACCCACAGAGACACCCACAGAGACACCCACAGAGACACCCACAGAGACACCCACAGAGACACCCACAGAGACACCCACAGAGACACCCACAGAGACACCCACAGAGACACACACACAGAGACACACCCACAGAGACAACCACAGAGACAUACCCACAGAGACAUACACACAGAGACACCCACAGAGACACCCACAGAGACACACCCACAGAGACACCCACAGAGACAUACACACACAGUCUAUGAAGCAGUGUGGGUAGCUCAGAGGCAUUACGUCUAAUGGUGUACUGUAAGGCCACUGACAUUGACUUGAUCUGUUUUAUUGAUCUGUUUUAUUUACAUGUUUUAUAGUUCUGUAGUAAUAGGAUUGAUUUUAGGCCUCCAGUUUCCUGACGCGCAUUUGUGUGUGUAGGACGGCAGGUAGCAUAGUGGCUUAGUGGUUAAGAGCGUUGAGCCAGUAACCGAAAGGUUGCUGGUUCUAAUCCCCAAGCCGACUAGGUGAAAAAUCUGUCGAUGUGCCCUUGAGCAAGGCACUUAACCCUAAUUGCUCCUGUAAGUUGCUCUGGAUAAGAGCGUCUGCUAAAUGACUAAAAAGUAAUGUGUGUGUGUGUGUGUGUGUGUGUGUGUGUGUGUGUGUGUGUGUGUGUGUGUGCGCGUAGGCGGCUGUAGCGUGUAGGAGGGUACGGACCCUGCAGUCUGCCAAUCAGAAGUCUCUCGUCAGCCUGUCACCGAUCCAGCCCCACAAUGCACUGCUCCGGCCUGACCCCACAGACUACUGUGACCUGGACCGCAAGAUUCUACAGCUGUGUGGUACACAUCUAGCACACACACACACACCCACACACACACUUCUCUCUUGGGCCAGAUAACGGUAAUGCAGAAGAACUGUAUGAAUAAAAGUCUAUGAAUUUAGAUUGGAUGCAUCUGUAAAAAGAGGGAUACAUCUGUGAAUAACAACAAGAGUGUGAAAACAGGCUAAACACAGUAUUUUCCAGCUUUGCUAAAACUUUGCGUAGAAACUCAUGCAUAAUAAAACUGACUAGCUGUUGCCCAAGCUUACUGCUGUAUAUACACACACACACACACACACACUCCCUCUAUUGCUCUCUUUUCCUUCUUCCCUCAUUCCACUUCUCCUCUGUAUAAUUCUGUCUCUCCAUCAGUGGUCUGGACCACACAGCAUCCACCUCUCCCUCUCCUUCUCUUCCCUGUCUUCAUUAUUAGUCUCUGUGUUCUUUCUACCCCUCCUCUAACCCUCUGUCUCUUCUACCCCUCCCUGGUUGGUUCCCUGGUUCAUUCUUCGUUUUGUCUUCCCUGGUUUAUUACACAUUUCUUCUCGUUAUUCUUCAAUUUUUUAUCUUUAACCACCCACCCCCACCACCCCCCCCCCCCCCCCCUCCUCGCUCUUCUCUCUCUCUCUCUCUCUCUCUCACUCUCACUCUCUCUCUCUCUCUCUCUCUCUCACUCUCACUCUCACUCUCACUCUCUCUCUCUCUCUUUCUUUCUCUCUCUCUCUCUCUCUCUCUUUCUUUCUUUCUUUCUCUCUCUCUCUCGCUCUCACUCUCUCUCGCUCUCUCAGGUGAGCUGUAUGACCUUGAUGCAACUACUCUUCAGCUUAAAGUAAUCAAUUAUGUAAGUAUUGGAGAUCUCAUACCAUCCCUGUACACAUGAAGACACAAACACACACACCCACCCUAUCCUUUCAUCUUUCACUCUCUAUUCCGAACAUAUACAAUUUGGUAGACUAUUUGGUUUUUACAAAUAACCAUUCAAAUACUCAAAUAAAAGUAUUUGUUUUGGGCUGUGUAUUUGAACAUACUCAAAUAUAUAGAAAAAUUGACCAUGUCCAAAUACACGUAGUUCCGUUUCUAAAUAGUAGACAUUUAGGUAUGCGAAAAAAUUAAGUUGUAUCGUUUUUUCGGAAAUGUAGUAUGCUUUAAUAAAUGCCAGGAUGUCGUACUCAUUUUGUCUUUUCAUUUAGUAGAAUUUGUUGCACACUAUUGAGGUAGAGAAGCGUAUUUCAAGACCCACGUGUGUCUGACAACAGCUGAUAAUCAGCUGAGGGGACGCACUGUACCAAAAUUAACGAAUGGCGGGAAUAUUUAACCUUUAUUUAACCAGGAAAAGACCCUUGAGGUUAGAAACCUCUUUUUGGAGGAGGUCAGCAGGAAGUAGUCAGCGUGUACACACAACACAAGAAGACAAUGCAAUAUAUUAAAAACAAUUACAGUUGCGCAUUAGAUUACUACAGUUUUUUACAAUCACUUUGGCACUAAUUUCAGAACCUUGACGUCAUUUUUCAAAACUCUAGACACAAAAUGGUCAUCACUUGUAACACAGGCUGUCCAAUGUUCAAAACAUUGCAUUGUGCAUUCAUAUCUUUAAAGAAAUCUUGCACUUGCACAAUCAUUGGUUCAAAAAACUAAUUUAUUGUGAAAUACCAAUGAAACGUUAAUUUAGAUCACCCACACACAAGCAACCGAUAGUUUCACUGUGUCAUUGUUCGUACAAUCAUUAAAUAUUGUAGUACAAAAUAGGUGAUACAUGUUUCAUUAUGGUACUACAUGUAAAUACAUCCCUGUAAAAGUACUGCUGUAGUAGAGAGAAUACUACAGACUGUCAAGGGGUGCUGAAGGUGGGUGUGGUGCAGGAAUCAAGCGCAGGACGCAGAAGCUCAGUCCAAAAGACUUUAGUGAAAUAUUCACGUAGUAAAUGAGCACAAUAAGCCCGGAGGCGAAAUAACGGCGCACACAGGCAUCAAACAAACGGCGCACUAACAUGUGGAAAAACCUCUCCAAAACACUGGAGGGAAAUACGUAGCUCAAACACCAAAACAGAAGAGCAAUCACACACAAACACAGACACACACAACGAGAACUAAAUAGGACACUAACGAGGACUAACUAGACACAGGUGUACAACAUCAAGACAAAACCAAACGAACAUGAAACAUAGAUCGGUGGCAGCUAGUACUCCGGGGACGACGACCGCCGAAGCCUGCCCGAACCAGGAGGAGGAGCAGCCUCGGCCGAAACCGUGACAGUACCCCCCCCCCCCCCCUUGACGCGCGGCUCCAGCCGUGCGCCGACCCCGGCCUCGGGGACGACCAGGAGGACGCGGAUCAGGGCGCGCGGGAUGGUCCCGGUGGAACUCCGACAGGAGAGAUGGGUCUAGGAUGUCCCUCCGCGGCACCCAGCACCGCUCCUCCGGGCCGUACCCCUCCCACUCCACGAGAUACUGGAGACCCCCCAUCCGGCGUCUUGAGUCCAAGAUGGACCGAACGGUGUACGCCGGAGCCCCCUCGAUGUCCAGUGGGGGCGGAGGAGUCUCUCCUAUCUCACCUUCCUGGAGUGGACCAGCUACCACCGGCCUGAGAAGAGACACAUGGAACGAGGGGUUAAUAUUCUUAUAUUCAACAGGUAGAUGUAACCUAUAACACACCUCGUUCAAUCUUCUCAGGACUUUAAAAGGCCCCACAAACCGCCGACCCAGCUUCCGGCAGGGCAGGCGGAGGGGUAGGUUUCUGGUAGAGAGCCAGACUCGAUCUCCGGGUGCGUACACCGGCCCCUCACUGCGGUGGAGAUCGGCGCUCGCCUUGUGACGACGGAUGGCCCGCUGCAGGUGGACGUGGGCAGCGUUCCACGUCUCCUCCGAGCGCCUCAUCCAAUCAUCUACCGCAGGGGCCUCGAUCUGGCUCUGCUGCCAAGGUGCCAGAACCGGCUGGUAACCUAACACACAUUGGAAGGGGGUUAGGUUGGUAGAGGAGUGGCGAAGAGAGUUCUGGGCCAUCUCGGCCCAGGGAAUGUACCGAGCCCACUCCUCAGGCCGGUCCUGGCAAUACGACCUCAGAAACCUACCCACAUCCUGGUUGACACGUUCUACCUGCCCGUUACUCUCCGGGUGGUACCCUGAGGUAAGGCUAACCGAGACCCCCAAACGCUCCAUGAACGCUCUCCAUACUCGGGAGGUAAACUGGGGGCCUCGAUCAGACACUAUAUCCUCGGGUACCCCGUAAUGCCGGAAGACGUGGGUAAAUAGGGCCUCUGCGGUUUGUAGGGCAGUAGGCAGACCCGUCAUAGGGAGAAGACGACAGGCCUUAGAGAACCGGUCCACAACGACCAGGAUGGUGGUAUUCCCCUGAGAGAGGGGAAGGUCUGUCACAAAAUCCGCCGAGAGGUGGGACCAUGGUCGUUGUGGAACGGGCAGGGGUUGUAACUUACCCCUGGGCAGGUGUCUGGGCGCCUUACACUGGGCGCACACCGAGCAGGAGGAGACAUAAACCCUCACAUCCCUGGCUAACGUGGGCCACCAGUAUUUAGUGCUAAGACAAUGCACUGUCCGGCCAAUACCCGGAUGUCCAGAGGAGGGUGACGUGUGAGCCCAGUAAAUGAGUCGAUCCCGAAUCUCGAGCGGAACGUACUUCCGACCCUCAGGACACUGUGGAGGGCUGGGGUCGGUACGCAACGCUCGCUCGAUUUCGGCAUCGACCUCCCACACCACCGGUGCCACAAGACAAGACUCCGGUAGUAUGGGAGUAGGCUCAACGGACCUCUUCUCCGUGUCAUACCGCCGGGACAGCGCAUCUGCCUUACCAUUCUGGGACCCAGGGAUGUACGUGAUUUUAAAUACGAACCUGGUGAGAAACAUACUCCAUCGAGCCUGGCGAGGGAUCAGUCUCCUCGCUGCCCGGAUGUACUCCAGGUUCCGAUGGUCAGUCAAAAUGAGGAAAGGGUGUUGAGCCCCCUCAAGCCAAUGCCUCCACACCUUAAGGGCCUGAACUACAGCUAACAGCUCCCUGUCCCCGACGUCAUAAUUACGCUCCGCCGGGCUGAGCUUUUUUGAGUAAAAAGCACAGGGGCGGAGUUUAGGUGGCGUGCCGGACCGUUGAGAGAGAACGGCCCCUAUACCAGCCUCAGACGCGUCCACCUCAACCUGAAAGGGUAAUGCGGGAUCCGGAUGCGCCAGCACCGGAGCCGACGUAAACAGGUCCUUCAGUCUCCUAAAGGCCCUGUCCGCAUCAGCUGACCACUGCAGGCGCACCGGACCCCCUUUCAGAAGGGACGUGAUGGGAGCUGCCACCUGUCCAAAACCCCGGAUAAACCUCCGGUAGUAAUUCGCAAAGCCCAAGAACAGCUGCACCUCUUUGACAGUGGUUGGGGUUUGCCAAUUACGCACGGCAGACACACGAUCCACCUCCAUUCUCACCCCUGACGCGGACAACCGAUAACCCAAAAAGGAGACCGACUCCUGGAAAAACAGACAUUUCUCUGCCUUGACAUAUAGGUCGUGCUCCAACAGCCUCCUCAAUACACGACGCACCAGGGUUAUAUGCUCGGCUCGGGUUGACGAGUACACCAGAAUGUCAUCAAUGUACACGACCACCCCUUGCCCCUGCAUAUCCCGGAAAAUGUCAUCUACGAAGGAUUGGAAGACUGAUGGAGCAUUCAUCAACCCAUAUGGCAUGACGAGAUACUCGAAAUGACCUGACGUGGUACUAAACGCUGUUUUCCAUUCUUCGCCCUCCCUAAUGCGCACCAAGUUAUACGCGCUCCUGAGAUCCAGUUUUGUGAAAAACCGCGCUCCAUGCAAUGACUCCGUCAUGGUCGCAAUCAGAGGGAGUGGAUAACUGUAUUUCACAGUAAUCUGAUUGAGACCACGGUAAUCAAUGCACGGGCGCAACCCUCCAUCUUUUUUCUUCACAAAAAAGAAGCUCGAGGAGGCGGGAGAAGUGGAGGGCCGAAUGUAUCCCUGUCUCAAAGAUUUGGCUAUGUAAGUCUCCAUAGCUUUUCUCUCCUCUUGAGACAAAGGAUACACGUGGCUCCGUGGGAGCGCUGCUCCUGCCUGGAGAUCAAUCGCACAAUCCCCCUGUCUAUGAGGAGGCAACUGCGUCGCCCUAGUUUUACUGAACACGAGAGCUAAAUCCCCAUAUUCAGGCGUAUUGUGCAGUGCGGGCACUUGGUUUGGACUUUCCACCGAAGUCGCCCCCACGGAAACACCCAGACAUCGCCCCUCGCACUGAGCAGACCACCCAUCGAGAGCCCUCUGUUGCCACGAAAUAGCAGGGUUAUGGGUGCUUAACCAGGGAAUUCCCAGCACCACUGGGUACGCAGGAGAGUCGAUCAGAUACAGCUGUAUAGUCUCUUCAUGACCCCCCUGCGCACACAUCCUAAGUGGUGCUGUGAUCUCCCUAAUCAACCCCGACCCCAACGGGCGGCUAUCUAAGGCAUGAACGGGAAAAGGUUUGUCAACAGGUAGGAGAGGGAUCCCUAAAUCUAAACAAAACUUUCGAUCAACAAAAUUCCCAGCUGCGCCUGAAUCUACUAGCGCCUUAUGCUGGGAAUGAGGUGCAACCUGUGGAAAACAAACAGGUAUACAAAAGUGCGCAACAGAGAGCUCUGGGUAAGUGGGGCGUCUACUCACCUGGGAGGGCUCCCCAGUGCGUGGCCUGUUGUCUUCUCCCCCGGAGGACCCUCCCCAGCACCUGGCCGCAGUGUGCCCUCCACGACCGCACUUGGUGCAGGAGACAGGUCCCCUCGGGCUCCUCCUCCUCCUUUCUCUAGCGCCGGCACCCCCGAGCUCCAUAGGGCUCGGCUCGGAGGUGCCGGAGGGCGGAAUGGACGGACCCCACUCGGGACGUCCACGGGUGGCCAGCAGGGUGUCCAGACGGAUGGACAUAUCGACCAACUGGUCGAAGGUGAGAUUGGUAUCCCUGCAGGCCAACUCACGUUGAACGUCCUCCCGUAGGCUACAUCGAAAAUGGUCGAUGAGGGCCCGUUCAUUCCAUCCUGCGUCCGCCGCUAGAGUCCGGAACUCCAGCGCAAACGCCUGUGCGCUCCUCCUCCCCUGUCUCAGGUGGACUAGACGCUCCCCCGCCGCUUUGCCCUCAGGUGGAUGGUCGAACACGGCCUUGAAGCGACGGGAGAACUUGGCGUAGGAGAUGGUGGUGGCGUCCAUCUUCCUCCACUCGGCGUUGGCCCAUUCCAACGCCUUGCCCGUGAGACAGGAGAUGAGGGCGGAAACGCUCUCGUGUCCCGAGGGCACCGGGUGUACAGUGGCCAGGUAGAGCUCCACCUGCAGGAGGAACCCCUGACACCCGGCAGCUGUUCCGUCAUACGCCCUCGGGAGCGAGAGCCGAUUUCCCCUGGGUUCCGGACCUGGGACUGGUGGACCGGCCGAUGGGGUUGGCAGGGUAGGUGGAGGUGUGGGUACCCCUCUGGACUCCCAUCGGUGCAGGGUGUUGAUGACGUCCUGUAGAGCGGUCCCCAGUUGUCGUUUCUGGUCAUCCUGGCCGCGGACAUGCUCCUCGAGCGACUCGGGCGUGACUGUUGAUCCUGCUGAUUCCAUUCAAUGGGUGUGUGAUUCUGUCAAGGGGUGCUGAAGGUGGGUGUGGUGCAGGAAUCAAGCGCAGGACGCAGAAGCUCAGUCCAAAAGACUUUAGUGAAAUAUUCACGUAGUAAAUGAGCACAAUAAGCCCAGAGGCGAAAUAACGGCGCACACAGGCAUCAAACAAACGGCGCACUAACAUGUGCAAAAACCUCUCCAAAACACUGGAGGGAAAUACGUAGCUCAAACACCAAAACAGAAGAGCAAUCACACACAAACACAGACACACACAACGAGAACUAAAUAGGACACUAACGAGGACUAACUAGACACAGGUGUACAACAUCAAGACAAAACCAAACGAACAUGAAACAUAGAUCGGUGGCAGCUAGUACUCCGGGGACGACGACCGCCGAAGCCUGCCCGAACCAGGAGGAGGAGCAGCCUCGGCCGAAACCGUGACACAGACACAGUGGAAUCAUUGAACAAAAUCUGAAAUAUGUUGAUGAAAAACGAUACAGUACUGUAAAACAUCAAAUGCAGUGUUCCUCAACUUGCUUGCUUGUACUGUAAAAAGCUAAACAUAGGAGUGAUUACUGUACUUCUACAUUUUCAUCAACUCUGUCUUGUGGAUUUGGCCACAGGUUCUCAUCUACAUCACAAUGGAUGUUUUCAUUAGCCAAACAUCUUGGAAAAAACCUUCGGGUAUGGCGAAUCCAGGCCUGACACUGGUCUGCCGUGAUGUCAUUGCAUGUGUCAUCCAUGGCCUGGAGAAAAGUGACUUGUUCAUGAGGGCGCCUAUCAUAAACCUUCCAUCUCCAUAUGGAGAAAAAUUCCUCAAUCGGGUUAAGGAAAGGAGAGUAUGGGGGUAAAUACUGGGUGGUAAAUUGUGCAUGGGCCUGAAACCAUGCUUGCUCGGAUUUCAUUGGACACUCUUUGCUGUUGCUGCCGCUGUCUUGGUCCGUGGCCUUGUCCUCUACCACGUUCCCCCACACCUCUCAAACGAGGCCCACGACCACCUCUCAGAAGGGGUGCUUGUCCCCUGCCAUUCCUUUGACCAAUACGUCUUCCUCGUCUUCCUCCCACCACUGCUUGACCUCUAUUGUGACCUGGAUCACCUGCCGGCUCCAUGUUACAGUACGUAUUGCUAUAUUGUUGCAAAUGGAUCCCAAUCAAUUCUUUAUAUACUCGUUCCAUAAUGUGAACUCAAUCAUCAGUAACAAGUUGGCAGAAUUGGACAAGCAAUUACAAGGGCCUUCAUCCAUACAGUGCAGUACUGUCAAUACUGUAAAUAGUCUGAAAAGGUGGUACAUGGGACCAUAGAAACGGUGUCUGAUAAAGAAUGAUGAUGAAAUAUUACAUCCAUAGAUAAUGUAGUAAUUGGUUCAUGCUCCACACUAAUAGGUCGCAAUGAAUCUCGUUAUCUUGAAACUUUCAUGAUCUAAACAUGGAAUAUUGUUUGUCUGUUUCCAUACAACUAUGCAUUAAGAGUAAUGCAACAGUUACUUAUCAUUUUGAGCAGUUGUAUCAAUUGAUAGUUGGAUAAUUGUAAUGAAAUGAAUAGACACUCAUCUGAAAUGUAAUGUGUGAAUUGCCUUUUGAAAUAGUAGUACUUUGAUGUUAAGUUGUGUCAUAUUGAACAGGUGAUUUUUGUUAAAUGAACAAAUGAUCUUAGUUGUAUGUGUAUUGUAUCCAAGCAAUUGAAAAAAGUGUUAGAGUUUUGAAAAAUGUGCAUUUUGAUAAUUGGUUGUGAGUUUUGUGUCUAGAGUUUUGAAAAAUGACGUCAAGGUUCUGAAAUUAGUGCCAAAGUGAUUGUAAAAAACUGUAAUUCUCAGUGGGGCCCCCCCCCCCCCCCCCCCCCACACACACACACACAAACACACACACACAGACACACACACACACACUGACACAUACACGCACACAUACACAGUUUGCUGUGUAUGCUCUGUACUGUAUGUUGUGUGUGUGUGUGUGUGUUCUCUGGGGUAGAGGGAGGGAGGGUAGAGGGUGUUGAGCGGUGUUUGGUGUGUCUGUGUGUGUGUGUGUGUGUGUGUGUGUGUGUGUGUGUGUGUGUGUGUGUGUGUGUGAGUGUCUGGGUGUGUGUGAGUGUGUGUGUGAGUGUCUGUGUGUGUGUGUGUCUGGGUGUGUGUGUGUCUGUGUGUGUGUGUGUGUGUGUGUGGUGUGUGUGUGUGUGUGUGUGUGUGUGUGGUGUGUGUGUGUGUGUGUGUGUCUGGGUGUGUGUGAGUGUCUGUGUGUGUGUCUGUGUGUGUGUGUGUGUGUGUGUGUGUGUGUGAGUGUCUGGGUGGGGGUCUGAGGUAUUGGCAGGGUGUGUUUGUUUAUUCCUGUUCUGCUUGUUCUACAUCCACCUCCCUGGAUUACAGCUAAAGGUAGCUUAGUGGGUAAGAGCGUUGUGCCAGUAACCGAAAGGUCGCUGGUUCUAAUCCCCGAGGCGACUAGGUGAAAAAUCUGUCGAUGUGCCCUUAAGCAAGGCACUUAACCCUAAUUGCUCCUGUAAGUCGCUCUGGAUAAGAGCGUCUGCUAAAUUACUAAAAUGUAAUGUAAAUGUAAAGCUGCGGUGUGAAGAUGGAAACACUGCUAUUAUCUGUGUGUGUGUGUGUGUGUGUGUGUGUGUGCGAGUGUAUGUAUAUUAAUUAGUUCCUGUUAUAUCUCUCAGUGGGAAGUUGGAGGUAAUGUAUCUUCUUGCUGUUCAGUAGAGUUAGAGAGAUGUGAUCAGCAGAGUUAGAGAGAUGUGAUCAGUAGAGUUAGAGAGAUGUGAUCAGUAGAGUUAGAGAGAUGUGAUCAGCAGAGUUAGAGAGAUGUGAUCAGUAGAGUUAGAGAGAUGUGAUCAGUAGAGUUAGAGAGAUGUGAUCAGCAGAGUUAGAGAGAUGUGAUCAGCAGAGUUAGAGAGAUGUGAUCAGUAGAGUUAGAGAGAUGUGAUCAGCAGAGUUAGAGAGAUGUGAUCAGCAGAGUUAGAGAUGUGAUCAGUAUAGUUAGAGAGAUGUGAUCAGUAUAGUUAGAGAGAUGUGAUCAGCAGAGUUAGAGAGAUGUGAUCAGUAUAGUUAGAGAGAUGUGAUCAGUAGAGUUAGAGAGAUGUGAUCAGUAGAGUUAGAGAGAUGUGAUCAGCAGAGUUAGAGAGAUGUGAUCAGCAGAGUUAGAGAGAUGUGAUCAGUAUAGUUAGAGAGAUGUGAUCAGCAGAGUUAGAGAGAUGUGAUCAGUAUAGUUAGAGAGAUGUGAUCAGCAGAGUUAGAGAGAUGUGAUCAGUAGAGUUAGAGAGAUGUGAUCAGCAGAGUUAGAGAGAUGUGAUCAGUAUAGUUAGAGAGAUGUGAUCAGCAGAGUUAGAGAGAUGUGAUCAGUAGAGUUAGAGAGAUGUGAUCAGCAGAGUUAGAGAGAUGUGAUCAGUAGAGUUAGAGAGAUGUGAUCAGCAGAGUUAGAGAGAUGUGAACAGCAGGUUUAGAGAGAUGUGGACAGAAUACAUCCACACUUAUUUACAGCUAUGUGGACCGAUGCAGGCAUGGAUGGACGGAUGGAUUUCUGAUUAAGAGACUCUGAUGGACAGACUGAUAUAAUUAAAUAUUGAUGUAUUGAUGAGAUAUAGUGUAUGUAUCUUUAGUCAUGUAUUAGUUGUUUUGUCUCCUCAGUUGCAGCAGCAGACCCAGUCUCAAUGCUGCUGUCUGCUGCUGCUGUCUGAGGACAGCCACCAGCUCUUCUGUCAGGUACGUCCUCGUAAAACACACCUUGGUCUCAAUGGUAAUCCUCCCUGUUAAAAUAAAGGUUCAAUUAAUAAAUAAAAUAAAUGUCUGUUCUAAUGCCACGUCAGUCUGAUAACAGGGUAUUCCUCCAUUAGAACGGUGCCUAAGGUAUCUCAGAAGAUAACCUGUGUAAAGUCUGACCUCUCUUCUCCUCAGGUGGUUGGAGACAAAGUUCUGGAGGAGGAGAUCAGCUUCCCUGUGAGUCCUGACCCCUGACCCUAACUCCUGACCCCUAACCCCUGACUCAUGACCCAUAUUACUGCCCCUAAACAUUUCAUGAAAAUGAGACUUUGAUAUGGGGAAAUUAAGAGGCAAGAGGCUAAAUGAUCAUGUAUAUCUCUCCUUCCAGCUGAUGUUUGGGCGCUUUGGGCAGGUGGUGGAGAAAAAGAAAUCCAUCACUCUUCAGGACGUCACUGCGGUGAGUGACCUUGAUCCUAGACUGUGAAAAGCAUCUCUCCAUGUGGAUCGAUGUGGAUGCAGUCCCGCUAGAUCCUAAUAGUCUCUUUCUCUUUCUUUGCACACACGUAUGCAAAGACGUCAGCAGUGUUAUUCUCAUUCUAAAUGUGAUCCUUCCUCCCACCUUUCUCUUUCCCUCCCUCCUUCUCUCUCUCUCUCUCUCUCUUGCUCUCUCUCGCUCUCUCUCUGUCAUUCAUUCUCUCUCUCUCUCUCUCUCUCUGUCAUUCAUUCUCUCUCUCUCUCUCUCUCUCUCUCUCUCUCUCUCUCUCUCUCUCUCUCUCUCUUCUCUCUCUCUCUCUCUCUCUCUCUCUCUCUCUCUCUCUCUCUCUCUCUCUCUCUCUCUCUCUCUCCCCACCUGUCCUCCUCUAGGAGGAGUGUAGACAGCUGUCCAGUAUGCUGGGCAGUGAAGUGUCCUCUCUGCUGUGUGUCCCUGUGGUCAGCAGAGCCACUGGCCAGGUGGUGGCACUAGCCUGCGCCUUCAACAAGCAGGGAGGACAGAGGUGAGACACACACACACACACACUCACACACACAACACACACACACACACUCACACACACACACACACACACACACACACACACACACACAUACAUACACACACAGGAGAGUGCAUUCUAAUAGACCUCUGUGUUCCAGAGAUAACAGGCCAGCUCCAGUGGCAGAGGGCCAAGGAGAGCAUGGUCGUCACCCUCAAGUGUGUGUGUGUGUGUGUGUGUGUCAGACGAUGCCACAUUAAUCAAUGUGUGUGAGUGUGUCUGUGGUCUCCAUAGAGAGCUGGCCCCUAUAACAUGAGCUUCAAACCUGCCCUGGACACACACUGCCAGCGCACGCACACACCCACACGCCAAGCCAACAUGCCAACUGGCCAAUUCAGCUGACACAAAGUCCCUCUCAAGGGGUUCACACACACACACACACACACACACAAACACACACACCACAGGAGGCUGUUAAGGGGAGGACGGCUCAUAAUAAUGGCCGGAACUGCGCAAAUGGAAUAGCAUCAAACACAUGGAAACACAUGCGUUUUAUGUAUUUGAUACCAUUCCACUAAUUCUGCUCCAGCCGUUAUCACGAGCCCGUUCUCCGCAAUGAAGGUGCCACCAACCUCCUGUGACAAACACACACAAACACAUAUACACACACACACACACACACACACACACACACAGAGGGAGGAAUGUGAAGUGUUGCUCAGGACAGCAGUAAUCCCAGUAAGCUCUCUGCUGACGUUUUGGCUCUGAACAUUUCUCUUCCUCCCUCUCUGUCUGUCGCAUAUCUCUUCCUCUUCUGUCUCUCUUCCUUUCUCCCUGCCUCUUCCUCUCUCUUUUUCUCUCUUUCUCUGUUAGUUAUAGAUUAUACGUUUCUACUCGUAUUAAAGGGGCUGAAGAUUAAAGCCACUCAUCUCCUCCUUUCAAAGAGUUAUUGCCCCUAGACACACACAAACACACACACACACACACACACACACACACACCACACACAUAUAAACACACACACUGUGAGAGGAAGACAUCCCAUAAUAUCCUCAGUGGGGGCUAAUGACAGGGGCUGACUACAGUCUCCAUAGUUACACUGACAGACUAGAGAUGUAGAGGAUUAUUAGUGAACUGUGUAGCAUAUGAGUUUAUCCUCUUAUUUCUGGUAUUUCCAUCAUAACUCACUCCUCUUUCGUAUCCCUCUCUCCCAUCAUCCCUCUCUCCCACCUCCCUCCUUCUCAUCCCUGGAUGUUGUUAGUGGUUUAGGCCGGGGCUAAUCAUUAACUGGCCCUCGAGGGCUGAAAUACUGAUGCUUUCCUUUUCUCCUUGCUAGUUCAUUGAUUUGUUCAUGUGACUGAUUGGCUGGAGGGUUCACUCACCUGGUGUCCCAGGUCUGAAUCCGUCCCUGGUUAGUAGGAGAGAAUGGAGACAGUACAAAUCCAAAAGCACUGUUACCCUAAAUUCAAUCUGUCAUCAUUGAGUCCAUUUUUCCAUCCCCCUCCAUCCCUCUGUCCCUCCAUCCCUCUUUCACCUCAGUUGUCAGGCAACAGCCCCCACUCUACUCUACUUUAUCUCUCUCUCUUACUCUCCUCUUUCCACUACAUGUCAAUUGUUGAAUUUUUUUCAAUUCAAAGAUCUUUAUUGGCAUGGAAAACAUAUGUUUAUAUUGCCAAAGCUAGUGAAAUAGAUAAUAAACAAAAGUGAAAUAAACAAUAAAAAAUGAACCGUAAAUAUUACACUCACAAGUUUCAAAGGAAUAGACACAUUUCAAAUGUCAUAUCUCUAUCAUUCACACUCGUCCCCCUCCACCUCUAUUACACUCUCUCCAUCUGUCUCUCGUUCUACCCGCUCCCUCUCCCUUCGCCUUCCCGGUUCUAUCCUCCUAUCACAUAUCACAUGUCAUAUGUUCUGCCAGACAGAUAUCUGAUGCCUCCAGGCUUAGAGGAACCUGCAUUCCAGAGAACCUAUUGGUUCUUUGUGCCAACAAGCCAAUCACGGCCUAGCGCCAGCCUGCUGUCAGAAACAGCCCAGACUCAGAGGUUGAGUUUCUCUAGAGUGGUGAUUGAGGGAUGAGGGGAUAGUUUUCCUGAUUAUGUGACAUGGCAUGAAAAAAACUCCUUCAUAAUCAAGUCCUCUAGUUUAGAAUUAUCUGUUUUUCCAGUCUCUCCUCUGUACUGCUCACAGUGUAAAGGUGUUGCCAUCUGCAGGCAGAGAUAUGUAACUACACUGAUAUUAAUGGAAGAGCAGAGGCCUUCUCUCUCUAUCCAUCUGGCCUGUUUAAACACAUUUUUUAUGCACCUGUUUAUUCUAAUGAUCAGUCAACUUUUCUCAACUUUGGAAUUCAAUGUUUCAUUUUGGACUAAAAUGUGUUCUCUCUGUGCAGACACACGGAGGCGGAUGAACAUAAGAUCCAGCACUGCUUCUGUUACACCUCCACUGUCCUCACCUCCACACUGGCCUUCCAGAAAGAACAGAAACUCAAAGUGGAGUGCCAGGCACUGUUACAGGUGGCCAAGAAUCUCUUCACACAUCUGGGUGAGUUAUCCUCCUCUCCUCUCCUCUCCUCUCCUCUCCUCUCCUCUCCUCUCCUCUCCUCUCCUCUCCUCUCCUCUCCUCUCCUCUCCUCUCCUCUCCUCUCCUCUCCUCUCCUCUUCUCUCCUCUGGUUCAGAUUGAAUCCCUACAUAUUGAUAACACAACCCUCCUUGUGGUAGCUCAGCCUGCUUAUCUAUCAAUCCCCACCCUGUGCUCUUUCUCUCUGUCUCUCUCUCUCUCUCUGUAGAUGAUGUGUCGGUGUUGUUGCAGGAGAUUAUAGUGGAGGCCAGGAACCUCAGCGAUGCAGAGAUGUGAGUUCUUGAAGACCCAUAAAACAACCUAAACCCUGAAAGUACAUCUAACAUGCUUUCCAGCAGAUAAGUAAUGACGGGAGGAAAUGGAAAAAAUACUUAUUCCCUCUUCCUCUAAAUGCUCUCUUCGUCUUUCUCUCUCUCUCUUCUUUAGUUUACUCUUAUUCAUGACCUAUCCUUAAUGCCUAGUCACUUCACCGCUGUCCUCAAUUACAGUAUCUACCACCGCAAUACCUUAAUUAUUACUAUCCGGAUGCCUAGUCACUUACCCUGCCUUAAUGUACAAUCUACCUACAAAUAUCUGAUUAUAUCUAAUCCUGAUGCUAUUCACUUUACCAACGCAUGCCUUCAGUAAUACUAAUCCUCAAGAUAACGGAAUUAUUGAUCUAUCCGAUGCCGGGUUAGUCCAAGUUUACCACCCUGACUUCAUGUACAGAUCUACCGCUCAUACACCGUGAUUCGUAGCUAUCCUGAUGCCUCAUUGCACUUUACCUGCCUUCAUGUCCAUAUCUAGCCUCAAAUACUGAUUAUUAUCUAUCCUGGAUCCUAGUCAUUUACCGCUGCCUUCAUGUAAUUCUACCUCAAAUAACUGAUUUUUAUCUAUCCUGAUGCUAGUCACUUUACCCUGCCUUCAUGUACAUAUCUACCUAAAAUACCUUAUUAUUAUCUAUCCUGAUGCCUAGUCACUUUACCCUGCCUUCAUGUACAUAUCAACCUCAAAUACCUUAUUAUUAUCUAUCCUGAUGCCUAGUCACUUUACCCUGCCUUCAUGUACAUAUCUACCUCAAAUAACUUAUUAUUAUCUAUCCUGAUUCUAGUCACUUUACCCUGCCUUCAUGUACAUAUCUACCUCAAAUAACUUAUUAUUAUCUAUCCUGAUGCCUAGUCACUUUACCCUGCCUUCAUGUACAUAUCUACCUCAAAUACUUCAUACCCCUGCACAUUGAUCGGGUACUGGUACUCCCUGUAUAUGCUGUAGCUCCAUCCUCUUAUGUUACAAUUUUUAUUUUCAUUAUUAUUUUGUUGGGAAGUGCUCAAAAGCAAACAUUUUACGGUAAAAUCUACACCCGUUGUAUUUGACAAAUGACAUUUUAUUUUGAUUUCAUUUCUCUUUCUUUCGCUCUCUCUCGCUCUCUCUCUCUCUCUCUCUUUCUCUCUCUCUGUCUCUCUCUCUCUUCCUCUCUCUCUCUCUCCCCCCCUCUCUUUCUCUGUAGUUGUUCUGUGUUCCUACUGGAUCAAGUCAGCCAUGAGCUGGUUGCCAAGGUUUUUGAUGGGGGCGUGGUCAGUGAUGAUGAGGUAAAACACACGUCUAGAACUUCUGUUUGAUGAUGAUGAUGACGAUUAUUAUUGCGAAGAUGUAAUCAUCAUCAUCAUGAUGAAGAUGAAGAUUAUGAAGAUGGUCCCUCUCUGUCUCUGUGUGUGUGUGUGUGUGUGUGUGUGUGUGUGUGUGUGUGUGUGUGUGUGUGUGUGUGUGUGUGUGUGUGUGUGGUGUGUGGUGUGGUGUGUCGUGUGCGUGUGCGUGUGCGUGUGCGUGUGUGUCUGUCUCUCUGUGUGUGUGUGUGUAGAAGGAGUUCCGUAUCCCUGCGGACCAGGGCAUAGCGGGUCACGUAGCCAUGACAGGGCAGAUACUGAACAUUAAGGAUGCGUACUCCCACCCUCUGUUCUACCGAGGAGUGGACGACAGCACCGGCUUCAGAACACGCAACAUCCUCUGCUUCCCCAUCAAGGACGAGAACAACGGUGAGAAUUGAACUAACACUACACUGGAGUAAACAACUGAACUAACACUACACUGGAUUAAACAACUGAACUAACACUACACUGGAGUAAACAAUUGAACUAACACUACACUGGAGUAAACAACUGAACUAACACUACACUGGAGUAAACAAUUGAACUAACACUACACUGGAGUAAACAACUGAACUAACACUACACUGGAGUAAACAACUGAACUAACACUACACUGGAGUAAACAACUGAACUAACACUACACUGGAGUAAAACAACUGAAACUAACACUACACUGGAGUAAAACAACUGACUAACACUACACUGGAGUAAAACAAACUGAACUAAACACUACACUGGGAGUAAAACAAAUGACAAUACAUAGGACACGCCAUGGAGUGAGGAGCUGCUCUCUACCUCAUCUAUGGCUAAUCCAAUCUCUUCUUCUCUCUCCUCUCUCUCUCUUCUCUCUCUCUACUCUCUCUCUCUAGCUCUCUCUCUCUCUCUCUCUCUCUCUCGAUCUCUCUCCUCUCUCUCUCUCUCUCUCUCUCUCUCUCUCUCUCUCUCUCUUUUUAAAUUACAUUUAAGGGCUUUAUUGGCAUGGGAAAUGUAUGUUAACAUUGCCAAAGCAAGUGAAAAGUUACAGUAAACAUUACACUCACAAAAGUUCAAAAUGAAUAAAGACAUUUAAAAUGUCAUUAUGUGAAAAUAGUUAAAGUACAAAAGGGAAAAUAAAUCAACAUAAAUAUGGGUUGUAUUUACAAUGGUGUUUGUUCUUCACUGGUUGCCAUUUUCUUGUGGCAACAGGUCACAAAUCGUGCUGCUGUGAUUGCACACUGUGGUAUUUCACCCAAUAGAUAUGGGAGUUUAUCAAAAUUGGGUUUGUUUUGGAAUUCUUUGUGGGUCUGUGUAAUCUGAGGUAAAUAUGUGUCUCUAAUAUGGUCAUACAUUUGUCAGGAGGUUAGGAAGUGCAGUUCAGUUUACACCUCAUUUUUUUGGGCAGUGUGCACAUAGCCUGUCUGCCUACGGCGGCCUUUCUCAAUUGCAAUGCUCACUGAGUCUGUCCAUAGUCAAAACUUUCCAUAAUUUUGGGUCAGUCACAGUGGUCAGGUAUUCUGCCACUGUGUACUCUCUGUUUAGGGCCAGAUAGCAUUCUAGUUUGCUCUGUUUUUUUGUUGAUUCUUUCCAUUGUGCCAAGUAAUUAUAUUUUUGUUUUCUCAUGAUUUGGUUGGGUCUAAUUGUGUUGCUGUCCUGUCUCUCUCUCUCUCUCUCUCUCUCUCUCUCUCUCUCUCUCUCUCUCUCUGUCUCUCAGAGGUGAUUGGGGUGGCUGAAUUGGUCAAUAAGACUAAUGGUCCGUGGUUUAACCGCUUCGAUGAGGACCUGGCCACUGCUUUCUCCAUCUACUGUGGAAUCAGCAUCGCACAUGUGAGUCAAACACACCACCCAAAGCUACACAAGAACCCCUGAUCUCUGAUCCUCUAGUCAUGACGUAGUCACACAGUGUGUUGUAAACAGUAGGAUAAGAGACAGUAGGAUGUUUAGUGCCCUAUUGUUCUGGUGUGGAUUUAGUUGUGGUUGGACUCGUCAGUGUGUGGUUGACUGACUGGUCUCUCCUGUGUGUGUUUAGUCUCUUCUGUAUAAUAAUGUGGUUGUGGUUGACUGACUGGUCUUUUCUGUAUAAUAAUGUGGUUGUGGUUGACUGACUGGUCUCUCUGUAUAAUAAUGUGGUUGUGGUUGACUGACUGGUCUCUUCUGUAUAAUAAUGUGGUUGUGGUUGACUGACUGGUCUCUCCUGUAUAAUAAUGUGGUUGUGGUUGACUGACUGGUCUCUUCUGUAUAAUAAUGUGGUUGUGGUUGACUGACUGGUCUCUCCUGUAUAAUAAUGUGGUUGUGGUUGACUGGUCUCUUCUGUAUAAUAAUGUGGUUGACUGACUGGUCUCUCCUGUAUAAUAAUGUGGUUGACUGACUGGUCUCUCCUGUAUAAUAAUGUGGUUGUGGUUGACUGACUGGUCUCUCCUGUAUAAUAAUGUGGUUGUGGUUGACUGGUCUCUUCUGUAUAAUAAUGUGGUUGACUGACUGGUCUCUUCUGUAUAAUAAUGUGGUUGACUGACUGGUCUCUUCUGUAUAAUAAUGUGGUUGACUGACUGGUCUCUUCUGUAUAAUAAUGUGGUUGUGGUUGACUGGUCUCUCCUGUAUAAUAAUGUGGUUGUGGUUGACUGGUCUCUUCUGUAUAAUAAUGUGGUUGUGGUUGACUGACUGGUCUUUUCUGUAUAAUAAUGUGGUUGUGGUUGACUGACUGGUCUCUUCUGUGUGUGUUCAGUCUCUUUUGUAUAAGAAGGUCCAUGAGGCUCAGUUCAGAUCACACCUGGCCAACGAGAUGAUGAUGUACCACAUGAAGGUAAAACACACAUACUAACCCCCACAACACACACACACACACACACACACACACAAACACACACACACACACACACAUCCAUUGCAGCAGAAAUGUGAUUGUGUGUGUGUGUAGGUAUCAGCGGAGGAGGUGGCCCAGCUGUUGGUAACUGGGCUGGAGCCAGUGGAAGAGAUUCAUCCCUUAUUCGCUGAGUUCACCUACACACCCCGCUCACUACCUGAUGACAACACACCAAUGGUAAGACAGAGGAAGAGUGUGUAUGUAUGUGUGUGUUUACAUGCAUAUCCAUAGAGAUGUAUAGCUUCAGUUUCAACUUUUAAUGUCACAUGCACAAGUACAGUGAAAGGCCUUUCUUGCAAGCUCUAACCCCAACAAUGCAGUAAUCAAUAACGUAAUACUAAAAAUAACAAGGUAGAACAAAAACACAUGAGAUAUAAAAAUAAGAAAUAAGAAGAACACGAUAAAGUAAGGAAGCAUACUAUAUACAGGGUCAGUACCAUUACCAUAUUAACAAUGUGCAGGGAUACUGGAGUGAUAGAUUUAGAUGUGUUUAAGGUUAAGGUGACUAUAUACAGGGUCAGUUUCAAUACCAUAUUAACAAUGUGCAGGGAUACUGGAGUGAUGGAGGUAGAUAUGUAUAGGGGUAAGGUGAUAGGGUCAGUUCCAGUACCAUAUUAACAAUGUGCAGGGAUACUGGAGUGAUAGAGGUAGAUAUGUAUAGGGGUAAGGUGACUAUAUAUAGGGUCAGUUCCAGUACCAUAUUUACAAUGUGCAGGGAUAUUGGAUCGAUAGAGGACUCAACUUAUAAAUAAUCCGUUUUAACAUGGACAUUGCCAUUGAGGGCUUCCACCAUUUUAAAGUAUUCAACUGGGUGGCGAUUCCUGUGUUGGGAGCAAUCAGCCAAUGAACAGAGCAUUUACUUUUUCUUCUAAUUGGGUGCUGUAGUUUGUAAAUGGCUUUACUACCGCCAUCUAGUGGCCACAACAGAUGAAUGACAUGAUUUGGUUCAGGAUUUCAGCACUGCAGGUGGUGGUGGUAAAUCACCAAUAUGAGCUUUACACUUCUUUCAAACAUAAAAGAAGAAGAGAAUGGACUACUUUAAAAUGGAGGUAGCCUCAAAGGCGCACCCAUGCUGUCACAGAUCCCAAAUGGGUACGGGGCCCCAAAAAAGAUGACCCCCUUUUCCCCCACUUGGGCCCCACCAAAAACCCCCAAAAAUAACCCCUUUUUGGGCCACAAAGAGUAAGACGAUUUUUGGGGGUUUUUCCAGCCAGACCCAAAAGGGCCCUGUUUGGUACUGGGGUCGGAGGGGGGGUUCGGGGGGGAUUCCCCGGGGGUACCCGGGUUUUUUGGGGAGGACAUGGGUUAUCAAACACUAAAGAGGGACCGGCCCCACCGGGCCGGGGAUCUACCCCCCCUUCUCUCUCCCCCUCUCUCUUCUCCCCUUUCUCUCUUCCUCUUCUCUCUCUCUUCCCUUCGCCUCGCUUCGCUUCGCCCCCUUCUUCCUCCCCUCUCUCUUCUCUCUCUCCCCCUUUCUCUCUCUUGGGGGUUUAUGGGAUAAAGGGGUUUGGAUGAGGUUGGGAUUUUUGGGUUUGGGGGUCGGGGUUUGCGGGUUUCGUUAAAGGGUGAAAAAGGGGUUUACAGAGACCCUCCCUAUCACAAAGGGGCACCCCUUCUCGGGUUUUCCCCACUUUUUUUAUUUGUUUUACAAAAACCGGGCCGGGGCCAAAACUACCGAGUUGGGUAAAAAACCCCUUAAACCCACAAAAUAAAUCUUACACCAAAACCUUUACAACUACACCCUACCUCUUCUACAAAACCUGGGCGGGAAAUACUCAUUUUGGGAAAACCCCCUUUAAACCCCUCCCAUACUAAAACCAUAACAUAUACCCAAAAUGUACAAAAUACCCCCUCCCUGCUUGAAAAAAACCAGGUCGGGCCAAAAAAACCCAAGCUGUAAAAAACCCUGGCAGUUUAUCCAAAAAAAAUCUACAGGGUUUUUGGAAAAAUUUUCAGCCCCCUUGACUUUUUCCACAUUUUGUUUUAGGUUACAGCCUUAUUCUAAAAUUGAUUCAAUCGUUUUUUUCCCUCAACAAUCUACACACAAUACCCCAUAAUGACAAAGCAAAAAGAGGUUUUUAGAAAUUUUUGCUAAUUUAUACAAAAUAACAGAAAUAUCACCUUUACAUAAGUAUUCAGACCUUUUACUCAGUACUUUGUUAAAGCACCUUUGGCAGCAAUUACAGCCGUGAGUCUUCUUGGGUAUGACACUACAAACAUGGCACACCUGUAUUUGGGGAGUUUCUCCCAUUCUUCUCUGCAGAUCCUCUCAAGCUCUGUCAGGUUGGAUGGGGAGCGUUGCUGCACAGCUAUUUUCAGGUCUCUCAAGAGAUGUUCGAUCGGGUUCAAGUCCAGGCUCUGGCUGGGCCACUCAAGGACAUUCAGAGACUUGUCCCGAAGCCACUCCUGCGUUGUCUUCACGGAUCUCUCUGUACUUUGCUCCGUUCAUCUUUCCCUCGAUCCUGAAUAGUCUCCCAGUCCUGAAAAACAGUUUUCGCCGCUGAAAAACAUCCCCACAGCAUGAUGCUGCCACCACCAUGCUUCACCGUAAGGAUGGUGCCAGGUUUCCUCCAGACGUGACUCUUGGCAUUCAGGCCAAAUAGUUCAAUCUUGGUUUCAUCAGACCAGAGAAUCUUGUUUCUCAUGGUCUGAGAGUCCUUGGGACCAUUGGGUUCUUGGUCACCUCCCUGACCAAGGCCCAUCUCCCCCGAUUGCUCAGUUUGGCUGGGCGGCCAGCUCUAGGAAGAGUCUUGGUGAUUCCAAACUUCUUCCAUUUAAGAAUGAUGGAGACCACUGUGUUCUUGGGGACCUUCAAUGCUGCAGAAUGUUUUUUGGUACCCUUCCCCAGAUCUGUGCCUCGACAUAAUCCUGUCUCGGAGCUCUACGGACAAUUCCUUCGACCUCAUGGCUUGGUUUUAUAUAGACAGGUGUGUGCCUUUCCAAAUCAUGUCCAAUCAAUUAAAUUUACCACAGGUGGACUCCAAUCAAGUUGUAGAAACAUCUCAAGGAUAAUCAAUGGAAACAGGAUGCACCUGAGCUCAAUGUUGAGUCUCAUAGCAAAGGAUCUGAAUACUUAUGUAAAUAAGGUAUUUCCGUUUUUUACUUUUAAUACAUUUGCAAAACUUUCUAAAAAUGUGUUUUUCCUUUGUCAUUAUGGGGUACUGUGUGUAGAUUGAUGAGGAAAACAAUUAUUUAAUCCAUUUUAGAAUAAGGUUGUAAUGUAACAAAAUGUGGAAAACGUCAACGGGUCUGAAUACUUUCCUAAUGCACUGUACUACACCCUAUAACCAUACACACUACACUUUACACUCCUGCACUGUACUACACCCUGUAACCAUACACACUACACUUUACACCCCUGCACUGUACUACACCCUGUAACCAUACACACUACACUUUACACCCCUGCACUGUACUACACCCUGUAACCAUACACACUACACUUUACACCCCUGCACUGUACUACACCCUAUAGCCAUACACACUACACUUUACACCCCUGCACUGUACUACACCCUAUAACCAUACACACUACACUUUACACCCCUGCACUGUACUACACCCUGUAACCAUACACACUACACUUUACACCCCUGCACCCUACACACUAACCUCUUACCCCUCCCUCUCUGUCCGUAGGAAUAUAGAGAUCUUUGCUCUCUUUGUCUCUUGUAUGUGCCAUGACCUGGACCACCGUGGGACAAACAACUCCUUUCAAGUGGCUUCGGUAAGACACCUCACAUACACACACACAGAUGCUCUCAAAUGCACACAUACAUGUAGGCACAGCCUUGAUAAGAGUCAUCACACACACAACCUCGCUCGACACACAUACAGGUAUAGCACCUGUAACACUUGUCGAACACAUUGUAGGAAAACUCAAGGAAAGACUGUGGUUAGACAAGGGUAGUACACGUCACUUCAGUUAUUACAGCGGAAUAGAGAGUGGACUGAGAGGUGGUCUAUCUAUGUAAUAACGUGUGCUGUCUUCUUCCUCUACAGCAAUCUGUCCUGGCUGCCCUCUACAGCUCAGAGGGCUCUGUGAUGGAGGUGAACACACACACACAUUUAUCUCUGGGACUAUAGUGACACCUAGUGGCCAUUCUUCAACCUCCUAUCCCAUAAUAACCUGUGUGUUUCCACAGCGACACCACUUUGCCCAAGCCAUACCCAUUCUAAAACACACAUGGCUGAACAUCUCGACAAGUUCUCAGAAGGUGUUUCUUAGGUGGAAUCCCAACGUGUUUGUGUUAACAGGAACCAGGGACUGUUAUAGGUUUGUGUGUGUGUGUGUGUGGUGUGUGUGUGGGGUGUGUGUGUGUGUGUGUGUGUUGGGGGUUGGUGUGUGUGUGGUGUGUGGUGUGUGUGCGUGUGUGUGUUGUGUUAAUCUUGUGUGGUGUGUGUGUGUGUGUGUGUGUGUGUGUGUGUGUGGUGUGUGUGUGGUGUUGUGUGUGUGUGUGUGUGUGUGUGUGUGGUGUUUUUGUGUGUGUGUGGUGUCAGGACUACCAGAGGUGUUGGACCUGAUGAGGGAUACAUCCUGGCCAUGACCUGGCUCCCACCUCCGCAUCUUCCCCGACCUGCAAAGGAUGGCUGAUGGUAAGGCAGUGUGUGUUAUGCUGUCUUUUUUUGCACCUAAACCAAAGGAAACAAUUGUCAACCUUGGUCCAUAGAAGGUUUGAGUCUACUUAGGGUGACAAUCUCGCCCCAGGGGAAGUGGGUGUAUGAGUGUGUGUAUGUGUGUGUGUAUUUGUGAGUAUAAUAGUCUUCCAUGCGCUCUCCCUUUCUGUGUGUGUGUGUGUGUGUGUGUUGGUGUGUGUGUGUGUGCUAGCUGGCUACAACCCCAAGAAUCAGACCCACCGUUCUCUGCUGCUGUGCCUGCUGAUGACCUCGUGCGACCUGUCGGACCAGACCAAGGGCUGGAAGACCACCCGCAAGAUCGCUGUGAGGAACCCUAACGUCUACUCCUAACCCUAAACCUAGCCUCAACCACCACCCUAACCCAAACACUAACCCUAUGGCUUCAUGUCCACAUCCAGGUUCAACCCUAACCCUAACCUCAACCACAACCCUAACCCAAACACUAACCCUAUGGCUUCAUGUCCACAUCCAGGUUCAACCCUAACCCUAACCUCAACCACAACCCCAGACCCUAGUUGACCUUUGACCCUAAAACUAUUUUUCUCUCCUCUGUGUAUUCAGGAGCUGAUCUAUAAAGAGUUCUUCUCCCAAGGGGAUCUGGUAUGUGUGCUACACUGUAUUCCUGCACUGUGUCUGUGUGUCUGUCUGUGUUGGGGGGGGGGGGGGGGGGGGGUGUAUCUGAUGUGUGUAACUUACGUGUGUGUUGGGGGGGUGAGGGUGUAUCUGACAUAUGUAACUUCCGUGUGUGUGUAGGAGAAGGCGAUGGGGAACCGUCCCAGUGAGAUGAUGGACAGAGAGAAGGCCUACAUCCCAGAGCUACAGAUCAGCUUCAUGGAACACAUCGCCAUGCCCAUCUAC